GUAAGCCCACAGGUUGACGUGGGUGCCGCUCGCUGAGGCUCCUCCUUUAGGGUUAUCCUCUUUAAUUGACUUAUCUCAGCUGGCGGAGGCUGAUUUCCACUGCUGCUCACUCACAGAGCAUCACAGUUUGUCUUGGACGCCUCGGCUGCUCGCACAGCACUUGCUUCUGUGGGCUGUAGGCCAGGAUCAAGAAGGACACUGCAGCCAUACCACCGGAAUUGUCCUCUAAUUACCGCUUUCCCAGCGUAGAGGAGGUAACUCCAUAGGUUGGAGACGUGUCUUGAUUGCACCAAAACAAUCAUCACUUUAAUAUUCCUCAAAAAAUACUAAACACUAUCAACAAUGGGAAACACCAAGAGUGGUGCCGUGUCCAAGGAGAUUCUGGAGGACCUUAAACUCAACACCAAGUUCUCAGAGACGGAGAUUGUCCAGUGGUACGAAAACUUCAAGAAGCAGUGUCCAACGGGGCGCAUCUCCAAAGAGGAAUUUCAGAUCAUCUACAGCAAGUUCUUCCCAGAAAGUGACGCCCAAACCUACGCCCAGCACGUCUUCCGCUCUUUUGACACAAACGACGAUGGCACACUGGACUUCAAGGAGUACAUUGUUGCUCUCCACAUGACUUCAACGGGAAAGACCACCAGAAAACUGGAAUGGGCCUUCUCACUGUUUGACGUGGACAAGAACGGGUACAUCACCAAGUCAGAGGUCAAGGAAAUCUGCACGGCUAUUUUCAAGCUGAUUCCUAAAGAUGAACUGUCUCAUCUGGACGAGGAUGAAAACACAGCUGAGAAGAGGUCAGAUAAACUCUGGAAGUUCUUUAACAAGGGCGAUACCGAUCGAGUGGCAGAGGGCGAGUUUAUCAAAGGCGUGUUGGAGAAUGAAGCCGCCCUGCGUUUGAUCCAGUAUCAACCUCAAAAGUAACUCUUUCCCCAAAGUCCCCGUUCCCCUCUCCAGAUCCGUCUUUUCCACUUUUACUCUUCGCUCUUGCUGUUACCAUGACACCCGACUGCAUCGUCACCACGUGUGUAAAUACAGCGGGUGUGACGCUUAGCGCCCCCGUCGCUUCAGAGUAAACAUUGAUACAGGAUCUCCUUCUGUGUUUUUAUUAUUAUUAAGUUUGUAACCCAUGUCUGUGAGCUGUUUUCUUAAUCACACGGUAUGUUUCUAUCAGUGUUAAAAAACAAA